GUGGACAAGCUUGUGAUGGAGCUGGAGCAGAGCCGUAACCUCAGCUGUACGAUCGUGCACAUUGACAUGGACGCCUUCUAUGCAGCUGUAGAAAUGCGAGACAAUCCAGAGCUGAAGGAGAAACCUAUAGCAGUGCGAUCAAUGAGUAUGUUGUCCACCUCAAAUUACCAUGCUAGGAGAUUUGGUGUGCGUGUAGCCAUGCCUGGGUUUAUUGCUAAGAAGCUAUGCCCUCAUCUAACUAUAGUGCCAUUAAACUUGGCAAAAUAUGGCAAAGUGAUUAAAGAGGUUAGAGAAAUACUGUCUGAAUAUGAUCCCAACUUUAUGCCUAUGGGCCUGGAUGAAGCCUAUCUGAACAUAACAGAGUACUUGGAGGAAAGACUGAACUGGCCUGAAGAUGAGAGAAGGUGGUACUUCAACACAGAAAGCACUACAGAAAAUG